CGCACAACCGCUAUGAACACCACCAACAAAACUACAACCAUACUACGGCGGAACCAACAGGCUACUUCAUGGAUCUCCAACCGUCGCUGUUGUCGGCGAUCUACCUGUCGUUUAGCCUCGGUGGCGCGAUCAACAUCCUCACCAUGAGCGUCCGUUUGGCCAUAGGGUUUUUCAAGAAGAGAUAUGAGUGGGAUGACUAUCUAAUGCUGCCUGCUUGCGUUUGCUCUCUCGGCGCUCAGGUAAUCCUCAUAGUCAUGAUACCUUCCGGCCUCUCAUAUUGGCAACUGAGCGACGUCGUAGAGCUCCUGAUUCUGUUGAGCCAUAGCUUGACGAAGCUAUCUCUGGUUGGGCUGUACCUCCGCACAUUCCCCUUCGGAUGGCCGAGGCGGAUCCAAUGGGCCAUGUUUGCGGCCAUCUCAGCAUACACUAUCACCAUUGCAGGGCUGCUAGCCCAUCGUGCCUCCGUUUCUACAUCCGUCACUCCCACAAGCAUAAACGAGCUCAACUUUGACGCCCUGCUACUACCCAUAGCAGCUACUGGAGCGGGUAUCAUCACAGACCUCUCACUUAUUAUCCUAGCUAUUACAACCAUACUUGGUCUUCGGGCGAAUCCUAAGCUUCAACUCAAGCCCAUCUUGGCCUUCAGUUCACCGAUAAUAGCAACAACUAGCUCGUCUGUUCGUCUCUACUUUCUCUUUGAUCUGCCAGGGAGUGUAGAUACCGCAAAGACCGCUGCUACAGCGAUCUUGAUUCUAUUCAUUGAGGCUAACCUCACCAUCGUCUGUGGCAAUUUUCCCGCAAUAAUCGAGUUGACCAGACGAAUCAAAGACAAAACCAGUGGUUGGAUCAAUACAGCAACAUCAAGAAAUAGAGGCUCUGUAUCAGACAGGUGGGAAGAAGGCUCGAGCCAUGAAAUGAAAGGACCUGAAGCUAGUGGCGAUGCUAGCAGCCAACGUGGAAUAUUGACCUCAGGCUCUUUGGAUGUCUAGGUAUCAAACAAGGCCACAUACUCAAUAACGAGCGCAUA